AUGGGAAUAGAUAAUAUAAGGGAAAGGGCAUCUAAGGAUUUUGCAACAGAGGUAUCCUCUGUCGAUAAAUCCUCUGUUGCGCUUGUUGUGCUAUUCACCUUCUCCUCCAAGUUUUUUAAAUCAAUUGGAGUUUAUGACUUGACGAUAUGCGAUCUCAGCAGACCCGACCCGAUAAGAGUUAAAAGACUCUUAUCGGCUGUGGUCAACUUUAUGCGAUUCCGUGAAAAGAUUUCAGUGGACCUUGAGCCAUUGGCUAUAGAGGCGGAAAACACAGUGAAGGGGGUGAGGGACUUACAAGAUGAAGCUACCCGGUUGGCCACCUUGAUUUCUGAGACAACUGCCAAAAUACAGUAUGGUCCAGAAGGGAAGCGACAUGAUAUACAGUAUGUGCACAACUACAACAAGAAACUAGAGGCCAAGUUAAGGAACUUAAAAGGAGAGCAGGAGAGGUUGACGCGACAGCAUGAGGAGUACAAGUGUGAAAAGAAUGUAUUAGCAGAAAGAUUAAGGGAUGUGACAUUCCUCUGUGAUGAGGCACAAGCUCAUAUUGAACAGAUGAAGGGGCUACUCAAUACUGACAUUGGAGUUCUCACCAAAAUCAUUGAGGAUUUGAGGAGUGAGGCAGAGACAAGAGAGCGAGAGUGCACUUUAUUUCAACAGCAGUACCAGAAUAUUGGAAAGACUAUUGACUCAGUACAAGUAUGCAAGGUCAAGAUGAGAGAAAUCACUAAUUUAGCAGAAGAGCUUAGAACUGUGUUCCAAAUGCACGGCUCUGAAGGAGUAAAGCUUAUGAAGGCUAGAGACCAUAUGCACCAGCUCCAACAUGACUCUGACGAGUUGCAGAACCAGAUUGAGAUCUCUCAGAGUCAAUUAGAGAAAAUGUCCAGAAAGUAUGAGGAUCUUAUAGUGCAGCAGGAAAAGAGACAGGUUGCGUUGCAGAAGCGAUUAGAUGAGGCCAAGACAUUUCUCGAUGAGACAUUUGCUUCACAGUCUCAUCAAAGAGAUGUGCAGCAAAUCACUAUGAAUGAGAUUGCGCAAUUGCAGAGAGACACUGAGCAGAUGAGCGAGGCAUUUGAGAAAAUGGUGAAAACUAAUCAACACAAACUAACUCACUUAAAUGAGGCUAUAAAACAAUACAUGGAGGGUCUAAGAAAUAAAUAG